AUGUCAAUUAGUGAGACAGUGCGAAUUCAUGGAUUAUUAGCAUGUGGUGGUAUACCUGUGCUAGGUGCACGAUUAAAACUUUAUGAUGCAACUGGACUUAAAGAUGAUGGUACUUUGGCAAAUCAUUGGGAUGAAUUUUUGUUUCAAAUGAAAAAUAUUGAUGCAUCAAAGUUAUACAUUACAAUUGAUCAUCAUUGUGAUGGUGGUAUUUUUCAUAAGGUACAUUUUUUAAUUUUCUAA